AUGCCCACUCUUCUCAAGGUUCUUUCCCCUUUCUUAUUUCACUCUUAAUUAGAUUUGUUUAGCAGUGUCCGCAGUCGAUUAUACACGUUUUACUCGAGAGAAUUACGUUCGAACGCACACACUGGAAGCCUAUAACUUUCUGUACACAAUCAGGGUUUCGAUGGUCGACCACUACUUCAAGUUCUUCGCGCUGAUAGUCGUUUCUCAUUUAAGUGGCGACUAUAUAUCCUCUCUUUGUGAAGGACUUGCGGUGCACACCGUCGUUUUACUCUUCUCAAAAUUCAGCCUUUUGCCUGUAUUGAUUCGUCUCUAUGCAGGCGUUGACUCUCUCAUAUCCACAGAGUCUACCCUACCGAGGUGAGUCAUCUUUCUGUUACAAGUAAUAUUGCUCUACACUAGUACAGUUGGAAGUGGUAAAGCCUUUUUUUUUAACUUCUCAGCACAGUUGAUUGUCAAGUUGUGUUUACUUGUUGGACCUUCCCCUCGAAGAUACAAGUUUCAAGUCACCCCAGCCAAAAUUUAUUCACACUUUUAGAUCCUCAUUCUCAAUUCUCCUUAUUGUCUCAACUUGCUACACCAGUCUAGCUACUUUUAAAAUCAUUACCAAAACUUACAUCGUCCGGUGGAAUAUUAUAUUUUGUUUCAGGUUGGUUGCGCGUCUUCGUGGACCCUUUUCUCGUAUCAGGACCCGCACUUACUCCGCCUCGACCUCUGUUCCAAAUCGUGUUUCUGACAUGCGAAUGCCAGUUUUCCCUUGUUCUGACUCCGAAUCUCCUCGGUUCUACACCCAGUUGGUGGCCGCCGCCUUUUUUUCUAUUCUCAAUGCCUGUCUUUCCCUCAAAGAUUGCCUUUCUACCGACGAUGA